AUGCUUUCAGGCAGCCGUGUGGUGCGGCGGAGGCUAUUGAACCGGCGGAGGCUAUGCUGCAGAUGCUACAGCGACUCACCCCUGCGACCACCACAGGAAUGGCUAGAAGGCAAGGCGGUGCGAGGCCAGUGGGACAGCGAAGACAACAGUUCUGAACAGUCUGAACGCCCUCUGCUGCAGAGAAGGAGAGUUUUCUCGGGAAUCCAGCCGACUGGCGUACCGCACUUAGGAAACUAUCUCGGCGCUCUUCGUCAAUGGAAAUUGCUGCACGACAGUUCGGCGAAUACAAAGCUGCUGGGCGACACGAAGCAUGACCAGUUCUUUUCUGUGGUUGACUUGCACGCCUUGACCUCGUCUGAUGUUCCAGGUCAUGUGCGCAGAAAGCUGAGGAGGGAAUCAUAUGCUUCCUUGAUGGCAAUCGGACUACAAAAUACACAGCAGACCACUCUGUUCUUUCAAUCCGACGUAAAAGCACAUACUGAACUAAUGUGGAUCUUGAGCACUAUUGCUUCAACGGGCUAUCUCUCUAGAAUGACCCAAUGGAAGAGCAAAUUGAAUUUAUCCGAUGAUGCGGACCUGCACAGCGACGAAGCUACAGCAAAACUGAAGCUUGGACUAUUCUCCUAUCCGGUGCUCCAGGCUGCCGAUAUUUUGCUAUAUCAAGCAACGUUAGUACCUGUUGGGGCCGACCAGAUACAACAUAUCGAGUUCGCUCGGUCUCUGGCUAGAAGCUUCAAUUCUCACGUCAGAUCUAGGCCUGAAAGCAGCGGCAAUGUGUUCAGGGUGCCCUGGCCGGCGUUGUCCGCCGCCCAACGGAUCAUGUCGCUGAAAAGACCGACGCAGAAGAUGUCUAAAUCCGACCCGGACCCGAAAUCACGCAUUCUCGUCACGGACACACGGGAGGAGAUCCAUGCAAAGAUCAAGGGCGCCAUAACCGACUCGGAACCAGGCAUAAGCUACGACCCUGAGAAAAGACCUGGCGUCUCCAACCUGAUCGACAUAUUGCGGAAUGUGACCUCGCUAAGUCUGGCUCCAGAAGCCAUUGCAAAGGACCUCGAAAACAUGACUAUGCGAGGUUUCAAGGAAAUGGUGGCGGACAACAUUUGCGAGUCCUUAGAAGGAGUGCGGGAUCGAUUCGAAGAGCUCAUGAACCCGUCGAAUCAGACCCUCAAUAUGGAGGCCGAAGAGGGGGCUAAAAAGGCCCGGAGGGUGGCUAUAAGGACUAUGAGGUCGGUCAAGAACUCUCUCGGCCUUGAAUCGUUUUGUGCCUCGUCCAACAUGUGGGAUCGGGAAAUGAUCAGGGGCUCGGAUCCAGACCACGCUACCUCCGGAGAUUUCAACACUACGAUACGAUACGUCAGGACCAACGACGGAACAGCGGAUGCCAUUCAGGAAGCAUUGGUGGGCGUCAAUAAGCAAUCCUUCCCGGUGGACAAGCCGAACACCAACAAGUCAGAAUGA